AUGAGAAAUUGUUUUUUGGCUGGUAGUCUUGAUUUUUCAAAGUGUAUUUUAUGUGAAGAAAAAUUUUAUAAUAUACAACCUUGUAUUCAACACCCACAAAAUUUUUUAUUGUCUAAGGGGGAGAUUAAAGCAUUUAUUGAAUUACAAGAAGAAGAUUAUUUAACUAGAGAACAAAUGAGAGCAUUAAUAGAAGAAAUAAUUAAAAUAUCUCUUUAUAGAAUAAAAAAAAGAUUAAAUGAUGAACAUUCAAUGAGUGAUGAUUUAAAAAAAAAAAUAAAGAAAUUGUGUUUAUAUUCUAAUUUUUAUGAUAAUUAUGAAAAUGCAAGAAAUCAUAUGCAAGCAAGUGUCGUUGAAGUAGAACAACAUAUUCGAAAAAUUGUUAAAAAAUUUAUGAAUGAAAAAGAUAAUAUAGAACAUAUGUAUGAUUCAUUAAGUAAUCCUGCUUUAUGUUUAAAAGAUCCAGGACAGUGGAUAAGAGAUAGAGCAGGAUAUAAAGAUAUUGAUAUACCUUCUGCUGGUAUUAUACCUGAAAAGAAACUUUUCAAAUCUUAUAUGCUUAAUUCUCUAAAUAAUUCUUUAUAUAGUUCAAAAUAUAAUUGCAAUAGACAAUUUUGUAAUAGAUUUGCUGAUACAAAUGAAUGUGAACAUAAUAUCAGAGUUCUUAAUCAAGGAAAAUGUGGGAAUUGUUGGGCUUUUGCUUCUUCAACUGUUAUAUCUGCUUAUAGAUGCAGAAAGGAUUUAGGAUUUGCUGAACCUUCAGUUAAAUAUGUAACUUUAUGUAAGAAUAAAUAUAACAAUAAUGGAAUAGAUCUAUUUGGUCAUUAUAAUGAUAAUAUAUGUAAAGAAGGUGGACAUAUAGUCUUUUUUUUAAAUACGGUGGAAAAAACAGGUAUGCUACCAACUUCUCAUGAUGUUCCUUAUUAUGCACCUUUAAAAAGUUCUGAAUGUCCUAAAUCUAAAUCAUCAUGGAGUAAUAUAUGGGAUCAAGUAAAUUUAUUUGACAAAAUAUACAAUGGAUAUAUGUAUCAUGGUUUUUUGAAAAUUUCCUUUGGUGAUUAUGUAGAACAAGGAAAAACAACUGAAUUAAUAAAUAUAAUAAAAGAUUAUAUAAUAGAUCAAGGUGCUUUAUUUGUAUCUAUGACAAUAACUGAAAAAUUAAGUUUCGAUCACGAUGGAGAAAAAGUAAUGAUUAGUUGUCAACAUAAUGAAACUCCUGAUCAUGCUUUGGCUCUCAUAGGAUUUGGUGAUUAUAUAAUGCCAUCAGGGAAGAAAAGUUCAUAUUGGCUAAUAAGAAAUAGCUGGGGAGCACAUUGGGGAGAUAAAGGAAAUUUUAAGUUAGAUGUAUAUGGAUCACCAAAUUGUAAUGGGCAUGUUUUAUAUAAUGCUUUUCCUUUACUUUUAGAAAUGAAUGGAAAAAAAAUAAAUGCUCCAUUACCUAAUGAUACAGCUUCAACGGAUGUUAAAACAAGGUAUGAUUUCCAUGGAUUUGGUUCACAUAAAGAAAAUAAUUUCUCACCACAUAAUAUGAAUAUCGAUAGAAAUAGAUUAUACCCAAACCCAUUUGGUGAUUCUUAUCCUUUUAGGAAACCCAAUCAUAAUACUUAUUAUGAUCCUAUAAAUCCUUAUGCAAUUCCGAGAGAUCAAAAUUAUAAUCCCAAUAAAGAUUCUUCUUAUGGAAAUAAUGAUUAUGCUUAUCCUCGAGAUAACAGUAGAGAUAGAUCAGGAAUUAUAUAUAAUCGUGAUAUAAGAAAUCUUAGAAGAGUUUUUAAAUCACAAAUAAUUGCUCAAAUUGGAGAUUUUAUAUAUAAAAGAUCUAUUUAUUCAAAAAGAAAAGAUGAGAUUAAAGAACCAUAUUCGUGUUUAAGAACAUUUUCAAUGGAUUCAUUAUCAGAUUCUACAUGCCGUAAUAAUUGUCAUCAAUUCAUAAGUGAAUGCAAAUAUAGUUCAUCAAUUGGAGAAUGUUUAAUGAAACGUUCACCAAAUUAUAAAUGUAUUUAUUGUGGAAUGUAA